UUUUGAGACACACGAGGCGGUAUUAGCCGAAGUUUUCAUAACGGCAAGGAAAGUUCUGUGAGUGCGCCACUCCAGAUUUUUGUUAUUAACUCAAAUUGAAAAAAUAUUUCAUAUUUAUCCUAGCAAUAGAAACACAAUAUUAAAUAAACUUAUAGAGAGUUCAGUUUUCUGUUUCCAAUUUUACAUCGAACAAAGUAUGAAUGCUCUAGUAUAUCAAAAUUUUAAAAUUCACAUACUGCAAUUGAUUUUAUAAUAGGGCAGGUUUCAUUACUUUCAUUAUUCCAUGUCUUUGACACAACCCAUGCAUAUGUUUCACAUGUGAUGAAAGUCAGUUGCUUUGCAGUGAGCAUUGAUAUAAUUUGUUUUAUUUAAACUCAGUGGUUGUGAGUAACCUUUGCAGUUUUUCGAACUGUUUUUGUAUUGUACGAAAGUGAAACUUCAUGUCGGUCUCAUUAUAGAAUGGCAUAUCAAUUUCCUCGCGAAUCUUCUACCACCAUUGGAACAAUCAGUGACCACACUCAGAAUUCUGACAAUAAUCAUGCAGUAUCAAACAGAUUAAAGAAAGAACUCAUGAUGAUGAUGAUGAAUUCAGUUCAGGGUGUAUCGGCCUUUCCGGAAGGAGACAAUAAUUUAUUCAAAUGGAUUGCCACCAUAAACGGUCCCUGCGACACAGUUUAUGAAGGGAUCACCUUCAAGCUGAAUCUGGAGUUUUCGAGUAACUACCCAUACACUGCACCCUUGGUAAAGUUCAUAACUCCCUGUUUUCAUCCAAACGUAGAUCUGAAUGGAAAUAUCUGUCUGGACAUGUUGAAAGAAAAAUGGUCGGCGCUGUUCGAUGUGCGCACAAUUCUGCUGUCCAUCCAGUCACUGCUUGGUGAGCCGAACAACGAAAGUCCCCUCAACAGUCAGGCGGCUGAGCUGUGGCCUAAUCAGCCCUACUUCAAGGAGCACCUGCACUUGUUCAUGCUAGAACGACAAAAGAUGAGUGCAGCACUUUUGUCAGUUACCUCAGCAGCUAUAUAAUAAUAUUCCAAUUAAUACAAAAAGUUGUUCCAAAAACUAAUGUGUUUUUAAAACAAAAUUUUUAAUGUUUUAGAUAAAGUUUUCACUUUAUUUGUAUGUACCUUAUCUUGACUAUUUCAAAAAAGUAAUUACAUUUUAGCCAUUUGUAAAAGAAUUUUGAAUUAUUUUCCUAUGUUGAGACUAUUUUUAUUGACAUUCUCCUACUACUUGAAAGUAAUUUUAGCAUGUUGUUAUCUACCCAAGUUUUUAUAAUGCUAGAAAAUUUGUAUAUUAUUUGACUCUUUGUGGUAAAGUUUAGCUCAUUCUGGAUAUUGUUACCUAAAAGCUAUUAUAGUGAGAAUAACUAUCAUAAACGAAAACAGUAAACUGAAAAAUAUUUUUAAUCAGGUAAUACUAAAAAGUUUGUCUUAUUUAUGAUUUCUUGGUUUAACAAUAAAUAAUUAUUGAAUUAUACAAUUAUUUAUUGUAUUUCAUUUUACAACAAUUGAAAAUUAUCAACUUUAUUUCAGUCAAGUCAUUUUAAGAAUUGGAGUGCAAAGUUAUUACGUGUACCUAGAGGUCUUAUGCCCACCGUAUGGAUUUAACAUAAAAUAACUAAAUAAUAGUAUUAUCAUUGCUAAUACAGUAAUAACAACAUUGAAGUUGAUUUUACAACCAGUACCAAAUUAUUGUUGGUGAUGUAAAAUUGAGACAAUAAUUAAUUAUAGGAUUCAGAUUGCUUGGAAAAUCAAGAAAUUAGUAUAAUUCCCUAGAUAUAUGUACCGUACUAAAACCUUAUGCAAAUUAUUUUGUAUAAAAUAUUUUGGAACACAACUAUUAAAGAUAAUUGCAAUUUGUUCAAAAACAAAAUGCUGGUUUUAUAUUCAACACAGUUUGUUACUGGUUUUAUUCCAGUAUUAUGUGGGCUAUAUUCGUAUAAAUUAUUUAGAAUUGAGAAAGCUUACUCUAAAAAAUCUCAAUGAAAAAUAUUUUUUUGGAGUGACAGUAUCCAUUGGUUUGAUGUUCAUUUCAUUAGCAUGAUCUUACAAAUGGAUUGCAAAAAACCAACUAUUUUUAACACUAUCCAUUUCCAACCUACUCCUUUUUCACAUUUAGAUCUGGAGCAGUUAAUACUAAACAAUAUUA